CUAUGAUGGGAAUUCCCGCCAGAUGGAAGACGACAAUGGCGAAAAAGCGAAAAUCAUCGAGUCGCCCUGCCCCGCGAUCGCCGUGUUCUCGCUAUCAAACCCGACCCGACCCGAUUUCUUCUCCGGCACACGACACGAUUGCCCGAACUCCCUUCUCCGCCGGAGCUAGCACUGCGGUCCAGUCCCUGAAUUCGGUUUUUCUGUCUGAUUGGUGGCUGAGAAGGGUACAAGGGAAGGGUUUAUCCGUUGCAGGGUUUGAGGCUAAAGGGGGAUCAGGGGUGAGGCUCUUUUCAUCAGGAGCCAUUUCGAAAAGACAUGACAGUACCACUCUCGAGACGGUUGAGGGGAUUACAGUUUCCAUCAGUGGCUUGAUUAACAGGUUGCGUACCCUACAGAAUGGAUUUUCCUUCGAGGUAUGCAGCCAUUUCCUUAUGGGUUUCCCGUGGUACUGGGAACACUAUGCUACUCUGUCAUGUGGUCAAGAAGAAACGGGAGAGAAGCAUGACCAGACAAAUGAAGGCAGGCCAGCCAGUUUGAAGGGUGAAUCAGCUAGUUGUUCCACAGUUUCGUUCGAUGAUAUUCCUGUAAACAGGUUUUAUGAACUACUGAUGUCUCCUCCCAACCAUUCUAAAGACUGUUUGGGAAAUAAGGCUUUGGAUGAGGUGCUUGGAAGAUUAAGACACUGCAUUUCCCAAGGAAGUCCAGUCAAAGAACAAUCUGACAAGAGAUUUGAAACUUCAGCUGAUAGCAUAAAUUCUGAAGCCGGGGAGGAGGAGGAAGGAGCAGAUCAUGAUAAGAAAAUGGCAACGGGGAUGGGUGUGAAGACAAGAGGCAUGAUGAGACUGAGGAGGACGAUUAAGGAAGAAGGGGAUCUACCCUUUGGGUGUGCCCCGGGGAAAAGAUUCCAAAAUGCACGAUACAUGGCAUCAGUAGAAGCGAGAAACGCGUCCAGGAACAGUUCAGUAGAGAAGAAUGGACAAAGUCUGUCCUCUAAAGCUUCCUCUGCGUAUGAUGAUUAUUCUGAGCUCACCAUCUGAAAUUCUGAACAGAUGGACCGUGGAGACACUGAGAGGACACCGGACUGUGGAAAGCUGAAGUCGGCAAGAAGAUUAAGCGUGCAGCCCUUAAUCUGUGGACUGCCGAUAGAGAAUGUGAAUCUCGGUUUACUCAAACCGGCUAGUUAACCGGGUAGUCCAAGGGAGAAAAAAAAAGUAAAAAAGGAAUAAAUUUUUCGAUUGAUUUAAAUGAACGACACAAAAAAGCAGAACAGCAACAUGGUGUUUUGUUUUGUUUUUUUUCCAAAAAAAGAAAAUAAUCCAAAAAUGUGAGGAAUGGAUUCCGAAUA